UCGGCCACUAUAACGUUUCGUUAUAGCAUCAUCGUCGCCCCCGCAUCCCAUUCAUUAGUGCUUCCACUUGUAGGACUCACUUCAGAGCCUUCCGAAAACGGCAAUCUUCCUUUCCCUAAUAUUCAAAUUGACUCAAUUAGAGAAGGUAUUCCCUUAUAUAUCUAGGUUACUUGUAUCGUAUCUCAAGUGAGAUUUCAUAGUCUUCGAUCGUCAUAACAAACCUAGAAAACACAACAUCCUUUACUUCACCAAAUCCAAAUAAUAUCGACAACAAUUCGAAAAAAGCAUUCAUAAACUCCGCAUCAAAAUGGAGUUACAGUACACGAUCCUCGAUGUCUUCACGUCUAAGCGCCUAGAAGGCAAUCCCCUAGCCGUGGUGUCCGUCCCUGCAGCUCUAAAAGAUAGACUUACUCAAGAGGCGAAGCUGAAAGUUGCAAAAGAAUUCAACCUCUCGGAAACGGUGUUCCUGCACGAAGAAACGAACCCACAGAGUCGUGAGAUAGAUAUUUUUACCAUCGAGCGCGAAAUCCCGUUUGCAGGCCACCCUACCAUCGGCACCGCUAUCCUUGUUAAGAACCACGUAAACCCGGACGUCGACACGCUUGUUGCGAAAACUGGGCCUAUUGGGAUAGUGUCGCAGACGGAUAACCAUGUUCAUGCUAGGAUUCCGCAUAAUGUACACUUGCAUGCGAAGACGCUGGGCGAUGUUGUUGGUGCGGAACAUACUGGUCUUUCGCCUGUCCCGGAGAUUCGUGAUGCGGAGUUAAAGGCGCCUGUGUUUAGUGUGGUGAAGGGUAUGACGUUCAUACUAGUAAGGUUGCCGUCGUUGGAGUUAUUGGGAAGGGUUAGUACCGCGGGACGACUCGAUUUUGAUAAUUUGCCGAGUCCUCUUUUGGAUGAAGGGGAGUGGAGUGAGAGCUUUGUGUGUCGGUACUACUAUGUUGAUGUAGGCGAAGUGGAUGGGGAGAGAGGUAUUCGGUCAAGGAUGAUCGAGCUCGGCUUUGAGGACCCGGCGACGGGAAGCGCGGCUACAGCGCUUGGAUCGUAUCUUACACUUAAAGAAGAGGGAAGGGGGAGGAAGUUUAGAAUCACGCAGGGUGUGGAAAUAGGGCGGACGAGCCACAUCAGCGUUGAGACUACGACACAGGAGAUUGACGGAAGCGUUAAGCUAGUGGACCUUUGGCUUGGUGGAACUGCAGUUGUGAUCAUGAAGGGAAGCUUGACUGUUGAUGUCUGAUGGGGUUGUCUGGAUCACUAUCACGACGGUAUGCACACGGGACCUAGUCUUCAAUAUAUUUCGCAUUCGUCUAGUCGAGAAGGAGGCUAUUAAAACCAGCGACAAAACUCCUUUACGAGAAACCACCGAUUUG